UUUCUAUAUUUCAUUAAUUUUAUUGUCUUUUUAACCUAUUGAAGAAUCUGUUUGAUUAGAGUCUUUUUAAUCGAAUUAAAAAAAAAAUGUAUUGAAUGUCUAUUCUCGGAUUCCUCAUCUCUUUUUAUUAGUACCUUGUUUCCAUCUGCGAUAAUUUAUUUGAUGAUGUAAUUUUGUAUCAGAGCUGAGUUAAAAUAAAACUGUAUGUGAUGUGAUUAAUGAAAUAUAUUUAAAAUCGAAAGUGAAUAUAUUGUUUAUUGUAACUUUAGAAUUUUAUUUUAAUAAAAUUAUUUAUAUUUUUUUUUUCAAUAAAAAAACUAUUAAUAUAAUACUAAUAAUAUAAAUUUCCGACUUGCAUGGGAUUGUCAAGUAGAUACCAUUCGAUUCUGACAUCUAUUUAAUUAUUAAAAAGUGUUUUAUAUACAUAUACGUGAAAAACUUCAUACAAUUUUUUUAGUUCAAAAAUUAAAAUAACGUGAAUGAUGGAUCAUCAAAUAUUUAAAAUAUACAAUCAAGAAGAUUUUAAUAGAAUUACAAAAGGAAUUAAAGUAGCACAAUGCAUGCAAUCACGAUCGUCAUCUGUUUCAGAAAAUGAGAAAUUGUUGAAUCAACUUGAUGAUUUAGUUGUAUCCGAUUCUUUAAGUUGUUCAUUUUGUAAUACUAUAUUUGAAGAUAAAGCACAACAAAGACUUCAUUAUAAAUUAGAUUGGCAUCGAUAUAAUUUAAAACAGCGUUUAAAUGGAUUAAAACCUAUAAAUGAAGAUAAAUUUAGCCUUCUUGCUGAUGAAGGUAACGUUUCAAGUUUAUCUGGUAGUGAUGUAGAUUCUGAAAAUGAAGAUGAGACAUAUGUUUCGGAAGCUGGAAUUUUACCUAGUGGACAUUGUGAAAAUAGAAAUCUUAUUAAUAAGAAUAAAAAAAUUGAGAAAAAAGGAAAAAAUAUGGAAUCAAUUUCUGAUAGUUCUGAUACAGAAUGUUGUGAUGAUAUUAUAAAAGAGAAAAAAACUGAAGAUUUAUUAGUCACUGCAAGUCGUCAUUCAAAAGUUUUUUUUGAAAAUGAUGAUGGAAAUAUAUUUAGUAUAUACAGGUGUUUACUUCAUAAUAAAAAGGAAAUUCCAGAAGUAGACAAUGAGAUGAUUGCUCAGGCAUUGGACAGUGGGAGGAAAACAACAUGGACUGUUAUCAUGAUUGGUGGAGGACAUUUUGCUGCAGCUGUAUUUCAAGACGGAGAACCCAUUGUACAUAAAACAUUUCAUUCCUAUACUGUACGAGCAAAACAAGGCUUUGCCCAAAGUUCACGUACAACAGCUAAUCAUGCAAAAAGUGCUGGAGCUAGUUUACGUCGUUAUAAUGAAGCAUCUCUUCUUCAGCAUGUACAAGAUAUACUUGAAUCGUGGUCAUCUUAUAUUAAUAAUUCCUCUCUAAUUUUAUAUAGAGCUGUUGGUCCAUAUAAUCGAACUGUAUUAUUCGGAGGAAAAAAUCCGCCUUUAGAUAAGAAUGACUUAAGAUUAAGACCAUUGCCUUUUCCUACUCGUAGAGCAACAUUCAGUGAAGUUAAAAGAGUGUAUGAUAUAUUAAGUACAAUGGAAAUUUAUGGUUCUGCAGCUGAUUUUACAGAUUCUUUUCCUAUUUCACCUCGUCAACCUCUUAGAAAAAAAUUAUCAAAAACUGAUGUUUCUGGGGAAAUUCCAAUAAAAACAGAAAAUGAAGAAAAUGAUUCUAAUGCUUCCAGUAAUAUCCGUAAUACCCAAGAUAAUGACAAGAAUAAAGUUCCUGCUCAACCAUCUCCCGAAAGACAACAUAGAAAUUCUCGAUCUUAUAUAGAUAGAGCAAAACCAAGAAAAAGUCCAUGCCGUCCUUUACCUGAUAUAGUUGCUAAGUUAGCACAAUCAUCUUCAGAAUCAGAAUUGGAUAAAGUUGAAGAAUUGGAUAAUCAAAUAAAUACUCCUAAUGCUCCAAUGGAUGUUUCAUUAAUUCAACAAGAAUUAGAAGUAGAAUUUCAUGAAAAUUUACUCGCUUUUCAAGAUACGGUACCAAGAUAUAUGAAGAAUAAAAAAUCUCGUCGUCAGAAGAAAAAGACAAAAAAAGAUGAAUAUGUAAUGAACGAAAUGUUGGCCAAUGCUAAAGUUAAAUUAUGGUCUGCAUGUAAAUUAGGUGAUAAUGAAUUACUGACAUCUGUUAUUAAAGAUUUAUUAAUUCAAGUAGAAAAAAAUUUUGAAUUAGAAGAACAAAAUAAAGAAGAUGUAACUAUAAAUUCUCAUUCAAUUAUAAACAAAGAUGAUAUAACAAAAUUGGUAAAUGAUUCCAAUGAAGAUGGUAAUACAAUGCUACAUUUAGCAGCCUUGGGUGGACACUUAAAAUUAGUGUGGCAAUUAUUGGAAAUUGGAUCAGAUCCUUGCAAUAGAAAUAAGAAAUUGCAAACACCAUAUGCAGCGGCAAAUGAUAAGGAAACUAGAAAUAUUUUUAGAAGAUUUAUGGGCGCUAAUCCCGAUAAAUUUAAUUAUAGCAAGUCUCAAAUACCUGGACCACUUACUGAUGAAAUAGAACACGAGGAAUCGGAAAAAAAAAGACAACAAAGAAAAAUAAAACGAGAAAAAGAUAAAUUGAAGAGAAAAGAAUUUGAACUUAAAAAACAAGAAGAAGAUGCGAAACAAAGAUAUCUUUGUCUCAGUGAUAGAGAAAAAAGAGCAUUGGCUGCAGAACAACGCAUUUUAAAACAAGGCUGUACUGUAGUUUCACGAUGUUUUCAAUGUGGUGUGGAUAUGGCAGGUCAGGUGCCUUUCGAAUAUAAUUCUAAUCGUUUCUGUUCUAUGCCGUGCCUAAAAGAACACCGUCUUCGUAACAAAGUAAUUAUCUGAUAGUUCUUACAUUUACUAUUUUAAAUGUAUUCUUCUACGAGUUGCUCUUAUUUGUUCAUCACAUAUAAUUUUCGUCAAUAGUGGAACUUUUUAAAAAAUAAUUAAAUGAUGAUGAUAUAACGAUUAAAAUUUAAAUAUACUAUGUUCAUAAUAUAUUAUGUUCAAAAUAUAUAAAUUUAAAGUGCGUUAUGUUUUGCAAAUCUAUGGUGCAAAUCUAUUUAUUAUAUAAUUCAGGUAAAAUUUCUCGCAUGUAUUUUUCAAGUUUAAAAAAAAAAAGAAAAAAAAA